AUAUCGUGAAUAAACUUAAAUCAACCAGCACAGCCAUGUCCAUCCUGCUGGCACGCCAGACCGCUGCCGCCCACCGUGGCCAGCUGCAACGCCACAUGAGCGUAGUUGCGUCCGUGCUGCGGUACGCCGAGUUUGGCGACCCUGCCAAGGUGAUCCGGCUGGAGCAGGAAACGGUGCCGGAUCCGGCCGGCGGCCAGGUGCUCAUCAAGACGCUGGGCGCGCCCAUCAACCCGGCCGACAUCAACACCGUUCAGGGUAAAUAUCCGGUGAAGCCGCCGUUUCCGGCGGUUGGUGGCAAUGAGUGCGUUGGUGAGGUGAUUUCCGUUGGGGCGCAGGUCAGCGGGUUGAAGGUAGGUGAUCGGGUUAUUCCGUUUGCGACCGGGCUCGGGACGUGGCGAUCGCACGCGCUGUACAGUGCGGAUAGUUUGAUGAAGGUUCCGGAGGCGAUUGGGAUUGCCGAGGCGGCAACGCUGACCGUUAAUCCGUGCACUGGGUAUCGGAUGUUGAAGGAUUUUGUACCGUUGAAAGCGGGCGAUACUGUGAUCCAGAAUGGGGCCAAUUCGGCUUGCGGCCAGGCGAUAAUUCAGCUGUGUCGCGCUUGGGACGUGCAGUGCGUUGGCAUUGUCCGGGAUAGGCCGGAGUUUUCAAAGUUGCGGGAUCAUUUGAAGAAUCUGGGUGCGGCGGAGAUUCUGACCGAGGAGGAGCUGAGGACUACCAAGUUGUUCAAGGAUGGAAUCUUCAAAAAGCCAAAGCUGGCGCUGAACUGCGUUGGCGGGAAGAAUGCUUUGGAGAUGUCCCGCCACCUGGAUAAUCAUGGAGUUAUGGUGACGUACGGUGGAAUGUCCCGCGAGCCGGUCACCGUGCCGACGGCAGCGCUCAUCUUUAAGGAUCUGCAGUUCAGUGGGUUCUGGAUGACGCGAUGGACCAAGCAGAACGCCGAAAGCAGCAAGCGAUCCGAGAUGUUCCAGGAACUGUUUGGGCUGAUCGAGAAGGGAGCGCUGAAGGCGCCGGCACAUGAAAUGAUUGCAUUUACCGACUACGUGAGGGCGGUGUCGAGCGCGCUGGACAUUCAGGGGUUUGUCGGCAAGAAGUUUAUUUUCAAGUUUUAAGUUACCGAGCUUUAUUGGGUAGUUAUCUGAAUGUUACAUAUUAUUGCUAAAUCUGAUCGAUAAAAACUG